GUCCUUUCGCGGCUUCCUUAGUUGCGUCGGCUAGGCUAGCAAGUGGCUAGCAGCUUUUAGCUACCUUCUACCCGAAGAGCCAACUAAAGAGUCGACGACAACGCAAAGUUGGAGACUAUGGUUGUAAAUCUAUGUCUGCCGCACUUUUACACAACCGUUCAUUGCAACAAGCUGUGUGCAGACGGCUAUGAUGUCACAAACCUCGUGUCAGCUGACCCUGCUCUCCGGAGGCGAGGCUUCAAGCUGGAGUACUUUCUACGUCCGCCUGUACAGGUGACGGUAAACUUUGGCUUCCAGGUGGAGCUGUGCAGGGUGGAUGUGGAGCUGUGGUCCUGGGGUAUGGAUCGAGGGCAGGCCUGCAAGAGACUGGAGAUCAGCACCAGCUCUGAUUCGCUACCUUCCCACAAUUUUGGUCCAGGCCACAAACAAGUUCGGCUAAGUGAGCAGACGCAGGUUAAGGGCCAGAAUGAACACAACAAAAGAAAACGGCAUGAGCGUGACAGUAAAUCUCACCAUUGCAAUGCUCGACAGCACGCUCAAACAAACGCUGAAUCCCAUCAGCCUGAGCCAGAGUUUAGGCUAGUAGGUCGUUGUGAACUCAGAGAGGAAACCCAAGUCAGUUUUUCGAGUUCAAAUUUUCGUCCCCGGCCCCCGUUCUCCUCCCCACCACCCACACAGCCUGUGAACUGUCGACAAGAGGAGCUGUGGAGCCGGGGCGUGCUUUCGUUGGGUGCCGUGACACAACUUCGCGUGACCGUGCCAUUUGGCGGUGCCGCAUCUGCGCUGGGGUUCAAGGCUUUGUCCGUGUGGGGACAACCCGCCCGCUGCUGCCCUGCAGAAGAGGUGGAGAAGAUUAGGACGGUCCACGAGGCCAAUGAAAGACGGCAGCAACGACCUGUGUUCUUCACCGCUACCGGCAGUCAAACCAAACAACCACUGCAAGCAACCACACAUCCAAGCAAUCUUCCCAUCCCAGAGGAGUUCCUUGACCCGUUAACCCAGGAGGUUAUGACACUGCCUAUGCUGCUGCCAAGUGGUGUCUCAGUGGACACCACCACUCUGGAGGAGUGCCAGAAGAGGGAAGCCACUUGGGGUCGACCCCCGAACGACCCCUUCACCGGGGUCCCGUUCACUUCAACCUCCCAGCCUCUUCCUAACCCCCAGCUGAAGACCCGAAUCGACCACUUCCUCCUGCAGAGAGGGGAGGUGAGGCGGGACGGGAUGUUAGGGAGGUGCGGGGAUGGGGAGAAUCCACAAGCCUCUAGACUUAUAGCCCCUAGGGUAGACGGAACAUCCCAGAACUCUCAAUUUCUCAGUGAAAGCUCAAUAAACGAUACUGCUGACACGAGAACGUCAAAAAGGACUACACAAGUAGAAGACCCUGGAUUAGGACAGUCAUCAGAUCGUGGGUAUCAUGUAACCAACUCUCAGCUUCUCGCUACAGAUAAUAAAUCAGAGUUUAAUCAGAGGAAGAAACGAGAUCUAAAUGGAAAUUCUGGAGAGCCAACAGAAGAGUUCGAUGAGAAGCAACUACGACCUCAAACGAAAAGACCAAGAGUUGAUGCAGUUUCCGUCCCCAGCUGCAGCUCCCAUGAGCAGCGAUUGUCAGCCAGCCUGGACGAGGCCCUCUUCUCCGCCCUGCAGGGCCGGCCCUCCUUCACCUCAAACUUGUCCCAGCAAAGACGGGUUACGCCCGACCGUGAACCACUGACAACCACACAUGAGUGCCAGAUUUCAAGCGCUACAAACAUCGGUACAAGUGAGAAGACAUGCUGUGCGUGUUCCUGUUCGGUCUCCGUUUACUCCACGUCUGCAUCGUCCAUCUACCGCCUCACCUGCGGCCAUUUGCUCUGCCGUGCCUGUCUGCGUAGGCAACCGCCUCCUCUCAGCUCUGUCUCCACAGUGACAUCCAAUCACAUCUCGUGUCCCACCUGCCAAAGCCCGACCCCGCGCGGUGACGUCGUACGUGUGCAUCACUGAGAAAGGCAAAGCAUCGCUCUUUGUAAAGCUUGCAAGGAAUCAAGGAGGAUUGUUCUCAAGGUGAAAAUGAAGCUGCACCCCAGAUUUAGCGCUUUAUUUGUUGUCCUGUUGAACUGAAAAGUGAGUUACAUUGCCGGAGUUUGCCGCUGCCUCGGUUCCCUUCAGAGUUUAUCUUCACGAAUCAUUGUAUGUUGGGUAUUAUAAUAACUACUGAGGAGGUUAAUUCUUCUCUGAAACUUUUCAGAUUAUUCAUCUUUCAUUUCCCAUUAUUUUGUAUCACAUCAAAUCCAUGCGUGUACUGGAAGUACUUGAAUUCUAGCAGCAAAUCAUAGACUUUUCCUUGGACCUAUUGACGUCACAACAUCAGAUUUCACAGGCCAAACAAGUUUUCAAUGUCUGCAGCAGAAGAAAGGGCAUGACUGAAAGCAAAUAGCUUUGUAAAAAUCCUGUUAAAAAAUUACACUUAAGAAUGGUCUUCUCUUCCACCUCC